UGCUCCUGUCUUAGCCUCCAUCCUGAGAACUGUGCACCCUCUCACCAGCUAUAAGCAUGUAAAACAAACAGAAAAAAAGUUCAGCAUCACCAAUAUCUCCACGGGGUGGUAAGAUAUAAAAUAACCAGAUCUGAGGUCACAGAUUACUUUUUAGAGAGGCAGUGGGAUGCUGCCAUGUUUCCCAGCUCCUAAACUGUGUUAAUAUGCACCCCACCCCUCUAUACACACAUACUUUCUCCCAAGCAUCUGCACUCCAAACCUGACAUGUUAAGAUAGAGAACCUAGUUCAGCAUUUCUGGAUUGCAAUCCUGGCUCUUUCACCAUUUAUAGACCUCUUGAAGAGAGAGAAAAAAAUGAACAUUUACUUAUUUUUGAAGUGUAAGAAAUCCUAUUUGUAGUGCUAAUCUAACUGAAUUCUUUCAGAUAUACAAAGUGACAUUCUUACUGAAUGUGUGAGGAAACAGGCUUGAAGAUUUGGAGUGACGUGUUCAAAUUUUUUACAGCUAGAAAGGAUUUGAAUCUUGAACUUCAAGUUAUAAUAUUUAACGUUUAAUGAACGUUGGCAUUAGGUCUGGUUAGCACUUUAUAUACCUUACAAUCUUUGGAGGCAAAGAUCACUGUUUUACUUUUGUUGAAUCUGAGGUUUAAAGAAGUGAAAUGAUUUGCUUCAAGUCACACGUAGAAGCGACGGCUGGUAUUUCAAGCCAGAUUUGCCCGGUUCCAGAAUUCACCCUUGGUGGCAAGAGAUUUGUUGAGAAUCCAGGCUCCUCUGAAUCCAAAGUCCAUCUGUGCUCUAUGUAGUCAGUCAGGUCUGGUUGUCAACAUGGGUCAAGAAUUAGCAAUAAUAUGUCCUUUGGCAAGUCAAUUACCCUCUUAACAUUAGUUUCUUCAUUUGUAAAACGGGGGUGGUAGUAAAGAUCUGUCAGUGUUAGGAGGUUUCAGCAUGGUUAUACACACAGCAGUCCUCCAACAGACAAUGGCAUCUCUCUUUGCCACCUUUCAACAACCAUUACUAUUUCUCCCACUCCUACUCCCCACGUUUUCUUAGCAGACUUCAUUCAUUCAUUCAUUUAUUUCUGGCAUUGGGAUUGAGGGCUCAGGAUCUUUCCGUUUUGAGAUUGACAGAGCCAACCCAAGAUGAGGGUAAAGAGAGAAGAAAAUGCCCAGCCGAAAGUAUUCCUGAAGUGUCCAGACUUCACCCAUGAAACUGCUUGUGUGAUUGGAUUAAAUUAGUCUCUGGGAGGUAAUUCAGCUGACUGCCUGUCCAUGAUGACAAGUGGCAGACUUGGUGAUUCUGAGAUUAAGGAUUGCAUCAUGGGACAGGAGUGGGCCAGCAGAGGGUCAGACAACAGGCAGCAUAACCUAGGGGGGGCAGGUCGUAGUGGUCAGAACAUUCCGUAGACUGUAAAGUAGCUUGGAGGAAACGUGGGAGGUGAGAAUUGGAGAUGCCUUCUAGAGGGUGAUGGUUUUGUUGUGGCUGGAGGUUAACCUGGUGUUAUAGGGCUGGGUUUGUCUCUGCAUAAUCAAUUUCACCUUAUAUUUCCCACCUCACUCCUCUUCCCCCACACACCGUAUUCACCAAUGUUGCCUGAUUUGAAGAGCAAUGUAAAUUGAUUUCAUAGAACUGUACAUUUGAAGACUGACAAGGUCUGUAUCAAAUGAAAGUGAACUUCAAUGAGAGAUUUUGGGGUAUUCUUGCAGGGUCUGGCUCAUAGAAACAGACUUAUAGAAAUGAAUUUCUUUUUGUUGGAAGAUUAUAGGUCUUCAUGUGAAGUAAGAUUUAUGGAUGAAACUCAAGUAGAAGAAUAAUUCUACUUGAGUUUAAAAAUAUCGAAUGUGAACACUUUCACACAACUAGUGUUGUAUAAAUGGGAACGACUUUUCUGGAGGGCAUUUGGUAACGUAUCAAAGUUCUUUAAUGUAUAUACCCCUAGACCCUAUAAUUUCUUGUUUCAAAUUUUUUUCCGAAGGAAAUGUUCAAAAGUGCAGGCCAAAAUUUUUUUAUAUUCACAAAACAUUGGAAGCAACCUAAAUAAAUUAUGGUAUAAUCUGUAUGGAUAUUAAUUGUACAAUUACUUUUAAAAUGACAGUUUAGAUGUAUAUUUUUAAAUGAGGAAACAUGAGAAAAUAAUAGAUCAAAAACAUUGUGAGUGGAAUGACACCAACUUUGAUAGUAAGUAUAAUGUAUGAAUAAAAAAAACUGGAAGCAUUAUACACCAAAAUUUUAUAGUGGAAUUAUGGAUAUUUUAAAAUACUUUUCAAAUUACAUUUAUCUGCAAUAAACAUAAAUGAAAAAUAAGUCUUUUUCUUUUUUCAAAUAGCAAUCUAUAAGAGAAAUUUUCUGAGAGACAGGUUAUUUAUUUAGUCUUAAUAUUCUUGUGUAUAUGUCUCUGUGCACAUACAUUUUAAUCACUUGUUUCUGCUAGCAGUUUCUUUUAAGUAUGCUAGUUUUUGUUAAAGAUCUUACUUCUUGUUUCCGCCAAAGCUGUGUUCAUUUAUUUUUUCAGUUCUUCAGUGUAGAUUUCGAAUGUUAUUUUGCAGAGUACCAGAGUGGUUGGUUAGUUGAAAUGGAGGAAGAUGUAGCUCAUGACCAUUUUUCCUUUCCCGUCAACAUGAGCUUUUAUUAUACAGUUUCCUUUUAUCACUUUGGUCAAGAGGAGGGGCAGAACAUUUUGAGUUGGAGUAUCAUUCAGAGACAAUUCAUUUCUGCCUUCGGUCUUAUAGCCUCUCACGCACCCGAGGGAUCUGGGAUUGGAAAGGCCAGCUUCUCUCUUUUUAUUUCUGGGUCAGCUUUUCCCACCUGCAUCACUACGUGGCACAGAUACAGAGAUGAGUGAUCAAGAUGUGACUUAUACCCCCCUGAGAUUUCUUCCAUCACCUUUGGAGUCACAAAAUAGAUUAAGACCUGGUGAUACUCAAAGGCCUGGCAAGACUGAUGGAAAAGAGUCUUCAGUGCCCUGGCGUGGCAUUGCAGUGACUCUUGGGAUCCUCUGUUUACUUCUGUUGAUGACAACCGCAGUGUUGGGGACAAAAAUUUUUCAGUAUAUUCAAGAAAGACAACAGAAGGAAAUUCUACGGAACCUCAGUCAAAAGUACCAUAUUAAGCAAAAUGACUCAUUGGAGCAACUUGGGAUAAAUAAGCCUUCAGAAUAUGAUAAUCUAGAAACUAAAAUCCUUCAGCCAGAAAAGGGACUGGACUUACUCUCUACAAAAAGGAAAGGGUGUCAUAGAGAAGAGAACUUUUCAAAGUUUUUGUGGAAUACAGGCGAACUCAACGAAGGCCGCUGUUGCUGUUGGGGAGUAAUCUGUUAUUUCUUUACUACUGAAAAAAAAGACUGGAAGGGAUGUGAACAGACUUGCGAAAAUUACAAUUCAUUUCUUUUGAUGAUAGAUGAUAAAGAUGAACUGUGCUUCCUUCAAUCCCAGACUUAUCAGAGUACCUACUGGAUUGGAUUAUCAUUUAACGAAAAGGAAAGUAAGUGGAAAUGGAUUGACAAUGGCUUAUCUUCUGGACUUAAUUUGACAAUAAUGACUUCUUCUGGGAGAGGAAAAUGUGCAUUUUUAUCAUCAACAAGGGUAACAAGUAUUGAUUGCUCUAAUGAGCACAAUUGUAUCUGUGAGAAGAGAAUUGAUUUCUUCAGUAGAGCUAAGAACAAAAGGACUUAGUCCACUGUAGAAACGGAGAAGAGUUGGAAGAGGAAGAAAAUGCUCUUUUGUACUAUGAUUGAAGACGUCACAUGCCAUCUGUCUUCUUGAGGAAAAGAGAAUCAUUUUGUCUUUGGAGAGCAGCUUCCCCUCUCUUUAUGGCCUUGAGGAAUUACUCUCUUUCCCUGAAACACCCACAGAAUCAACUAGAGAACUCUGAUACAUAGCCUGGAUCUUUUCCUUAUUAAUAGGAUAAAUUAUUUCAAUAGACUCUGGCUUUGGGAGAUCACAAUUAAUAACUGAAAAAGUUAUCUUCCCUCCCACCCCAUCUAGAUGCUUAACUCUCAUUAAAAAAUAAUUUUGCUCUGAUUUCAAACUUACUGAAUCAUUGAAACAAUAGUAUAAGGAACUUUCAUGUAGCCUUUACCCAUAGUUACCAUUUGUUUAUAUUUUACUCUAUAUGCAGUUUAUGGUUUCUCUCUGUCUCUCUCCUUGCUGAUUCAUUUGAUAAUAAAUUCAGGACAUUAUAUCCCUCUCAAACACCACCAGAUCAAGACGCAGAACAUUUCCAUCCCCUCCAGAAAUUCCUUUCUUCCUUUUACCACCCACCCGGUCUCAGGCAACCGGUGAUAUGCUUUCUGUGACUAUAAUUUAAUUUUGUCUGCUUUGUUACACAAUUUUGUACAUCAUAUAUUCUUUUGUAUCUAGCUUGGUUUUGCUUGGAAUGUUUUUGAAAUAAUCCAUGUUCUUUCAUGUAUCAGUAGUUCUUCCUUUUAGCUACUGAGUAGUAUUCCAUUGUAUGGAUAUACUACAGUUUGUUCAUCCAUGUUUGGACAUUUGAUGUGUUUCCAGUUUUUGGCUAUUAUGAAUAAACCUGCCAUGAAUGUUUAUGUGCAAGCCUUUGUGUGAACGCAUGUUUUUGUUUCUUUUUUAUUAAAUACUUUGGAGUUUGAUUGCUGAGUCCUUUGGUAAGUGCAUAUUUAAUAAGAAACUUCUAGAUUGUUUUCUAAUGUGGUUGUAUCAUUUUACUUUCUCAGUAGCAACAUUUGAGAGUUCCAGUUGUUUCACAUCAUUGCUAAUACUUGAUAUUAUCAGUCUCUUUAAUUGUAGCCAUUAGGCUGGGUGUGUAAUGGUAUCUCACUAUGGUUUACAAUUUAUAUCUCCCUAAAUACUAAUGACUGAGCAUCUUUUCAUGUGUUUAUUGGCCAUUUGUGUAUCUUCUAUUGUGAAGUGUCUGUUCAAUCUUCUAUCUACUUUUUCUUUCUUUAAAUUGGGUUUGUCUGUCUUAUUAUGGAGUUGUACUCUUUUUAAAAAAAUUUUAUUUAUUUAUUUUUAUUUAUUGGCUGCAUUGGAUCAUCGUUGCUGCACGCGGGCUUUCUCUAGUUGCUUCUCUUGUUGCAGAGCACAGGCUCUAGGUGCUCGGCCUUCAGUAGUUGCAGCACAAGGGCUCGUAGUUGUGGCUCGAGGGCUCUAGAGCACAGGCUCAGUAGUUGUGGUGCACAGGCUCAGUUGCUCUGCGGCAUGUGGGAAUCUUCCCAGACCAGGGCUUGAACCAGUGUUCCCUGCAUUGGCAGGCAAAUUCUUAACCACUGCGCAACCAGGGACAUCCCUAUAAGUGUUCUUUAUACAAUUUGGAUACUUUUUUUUUUGGUUAGGUUUAUGUAUUACAGAUACUUUCUCCCAGUCUUUGUCUAACCUUUACAUUUUCUUAAUAGUGUCUUUCAAGAAGUUUUAAUAUUUUGAUGAAACAAUCUUUUUAAAAUCUUUUUGCCAACAUCAAGAUCACAGAGAUUUUUAUCCUACGUUUGCUUCUAGAACUUUUAUAGUUUUAACUUAUAUGUUUGGCUUAUACCCAUUUCAAGUUAAGUUUUGUGUGCUAUAGAUAUCCAACUGUUUUGCACUAUUCCUUUGCUUUGAAUUAUUUUGGUGCCUUUCUAGAAAAUUAAUUGACUAUAUCUAUGUGGGUCUAUUUCUGGACUUUGCAUUCUGUCUCAUUGAUCUAUCUGUCUAUUCUUGCAGUAAUACCAUACUGUCUCAGUUACUGUAGCUUUACAGUAAGCCUCAGAAUCAGAUGUGCUAAUCCUCCAAAUUUGUUCUUUAUCAAAUUAUAUUGGUUAUUCUGGAAUCUUUUAUUUUCUCAAACUUUUUUCAAAAAUGCCUAAUGGGAUUCUGACUGGAAUUGUAUUGAAACUGUAAAUUAAAUUGGGAGAAUUGACAUCUUAACAAUAGUGAGUGUUAGAAGCCAUGAACAUGGUUUAUCUUUCCCUUUAGUUGGGUCUUUAAUUUCUCUCAGCAAUGUGGUGAGUUUCAGGACGUAGGUCUUAUUCAUAGUUUGUUAAAUUUAUAUUUUUGGUGCUAUUGUAAAUGGCAUAACAUCUUUCAAAUUAUUUGUUGUUCAUUUAUAGAAAUAAAAUUGGCUUUUAUAAAUCGACAUACCACCUUGUUAAUUUACUUAUUAUUUCCAAUAGUUGUUUUUCCUUAUAUUCUUUAGGAUUUUUCUUUUCCAUGUACACAAUCAAGUCCUAUGAGCACAUAGGAAGUUUCACUUCUUCCUUUACCUCAAUAUUUCUCUUGCCUUGUUGUACUGGCUAGGACCUCUGUACAACGUUGGAGAGAAGUGAUGCUAGUAGGCCUCCUUGGCUUGGUCCCAAUCUUACAAAGAAAAGUAGUCUUUCACUAUUAUGUUGAGAGCAGUUGUUGCUUUUUGUUUGUUUGUUUGUUUUGUUUUGUUUUUGUAGAUCCUCUUUAUCCUAUUGAGGAUGUUCUCUUCUA